CGUCGCAUAUUUUUCGAGACGCAGAACGCAAGAUAUUUCUUAUCUCUCUUGUAAAAAAAUGGAUUAUUUCGCUUCGAUCGGUGCGUAUCUGGGAAAAUCGCAUGCUCGUUGGCAGUAGAGAAGGCCACGCACUUUCCACGCCCCACGCCCAGCGCCCCCCGCCCGAGGGGAAAAUGGGAAAGCAACAUUAUCUGGCAUCCGUAUCUUCGUCCGUCGCAGCCGUCGAAAUGUUCGUCGCGCCAGUUAUCGACUCGGCAAUCUCCAUCUCCUAAGGCGCACACACUCAAUCGCACGCAGCCCAGCACACAGACACGAACACACCUACGUAACCAGCCAGCGGAAGCGGCCCUAAUCUUGGCCAGAAACCACAACAACAGCAGCAGAAGAGGAAGAGGAGCAGCAGCAGGCGGAGGGAAACGGAGGCGCCGCUAGCACUAGCACCUAACAUGUCCGAGAAGCACGGCCAGCUGGGUGCGCAGUGGACGAAAUCAGCGGCGCCAGCAGCAUCAGCACAAGCCACCAAUUCCAUCCCCAUACCAUCCCUACCGAUCCCCGUAGCGCUUCCCCUCCAGAAACCCAAUGCCCAUCCGUAUGGCAACUGCAGCCUGCAGCCCGCUGAUAUAGUCUACAAUGCAAACCGAUUCCAAGGACCUGCUAUCCAUGCCAAGGGUUCGCCCUUGACCAUUACGCCUGUGGGCCCUGGCGGAGCAGGAGCACCUGCCGCCGCCCAGAUCUCGCCCACGAGCCACCCCCAUGUACCUGUACCUGUAGCCACGCCCAGCGGCUUUGUGCCGCCUCCGUUUCCCAAUACCGCCGCCGGCGGUAGUGGAGGUGUCUCCACUUCCGUGCUCACCCCGAAUCCCUUCGCGACGGCAGCUGGAAACGCUGCCGCCGGACUGGCCUUCGCCAAUGCCUUCAACUUUAGCACGGCCCAGCAACUGGGCCUGGGCAAGAUCAUGCACGCCAUGGGCGGAGCCACGGGAGCGGUAUCAGGAGUACCAGUCACCACAAGUCCAGCGACAGCUGCUCCCGCGGCACCCGCAAUAGCAGGCCAGCGGCAUCCCAAUGAUGCCGUGCCAGCGGCCAGCGGAGUGAUCAACUCCACCAUUGCCGAAAAUGUGAUGAAUGCCCUGGGCAGCUCCGGCUCAGCGGGAACGGCAGUGCCCAGCGAGGAGAAGAUGCGAAGGGUGCAGCAGGUGAUUGAGGCCAGCUUGGACGACAAUGCCAAGCUGCAGAUCUCGCAGAUCCUUGAGCGUGUCUCGGGAUUGAAGCCUAUUGAGAAGCUAUUCCUGUAUCUUCGAUUGCCCGGCGAGUGUGCGGACACAGAUCCCUUGAGGCAGCCACAGAAUCCGCUGGGAACACGCUCGGAGAUUAACCACACCAUCAAUUGGGUGCGUUCCCAUCUGGAGCAUGAUGCGCAGGUGUCCAUACCCAAGCAAGAUGUGUACAACGAUUACAUAGUUUAUUGCGAACGCCUCAGCAUAAAGCCGCUUUCCACGGCAGAUUUCGGUAAGGUGAUGAAGCAGGUCUUUCCAGGCGUGCGUCCUCGCAGACUCGGAACGCGGGGCAACUCGCGCUACUGCUAUGCGGCCAUGCGAAAGACCACCAAGCUGACGCCUCCACAACUCCCUCAGCUGUGCAAGACGGAGCAGGUAAUAGCGGGCGAGAGCCCGGCUGACUCCAGUCACCCGACCAACUCCCCUAGUUUAGGUGGAUUGGCGACGACAGGUUCCGAGUCGGAAUGCUGGGAUGUGGUUCGCAGCUGGGCAGAGAAGCUGCUAAACACUAAGCUAGAAAGCGUGGCGGACCUAAGCUCCCGUAUCAGGAGCAACAAUGCAACAGUUUCGGCAAAGAAAUACACACCCCGGGAACCCAAGGAAAAGAGGGUUUUGGCAGAUAUUGGCCCUCUGAAGAAGCGACGCAAAAAGAAGCGCAAGGGCUCCACAUCUUCGGAAUCCAGCUGCAAUCAAUUAGUGACUGGUCAGGAUGCGGGCAGCAGCCAGGAGGCCAGCGACGAGCAGCUGCUGAAAAUCAAACAGGAGAUCAUAGACUCACCCAUUCAGCACCAGCAGCCGCCUUUGGGCUACCUGCAACAGGUAACGCCCAUGAACCUGGCCACGGAUCAGCGAAGCAGCAGCGCUGUGCGCAACCUCACUCCCAAAAUCCUGGAGAUGGGCUCGCCUGCCGUUGUGCUCACCCAGCAGGAGGCCUCGCCCACGGGCAUAGUCAUCAAGGACGAGGUGGAGGACUACACAUCAAACAUUUUCUGCAAAAAGGUAUUGAAGGCGCAGCAGACUAAAGGCUUCUGGGCGAAUUCGCCAAGCAGCGGGACAACGGGCGGUGGUGGUCUGCUGGUUCCACCAACAAUCACCACCACCUCGGCCACGCCCCCGCCACCAAACUCUGGUAGUUCCCCAGUUCCGGGACCCGGACUUUCCAUGGGCCCGCCCUCGCAAAUGAUGAAUGCCAGUUCGGUGAGCCCGUCAAGCAGCGUGGACACCACUCCCAAAGUAGCCUCGCGAAACCAGAUGAUGAUUCUGAGGGCCAAGCGUUUGAUGGCAGCGGAGAAUGCCGCUUUGGCAGCGGCCACUGAAGACUCCGGUUUGCCCGAAAAUCUGGGAUUGCCCAGAGAGCGAGUGAUCAGCAUCUGCAACAUGGACAAGCAUGAGCUGGAUGACUACUUUCUGCCUGGCGAGGAUGAAGAGAACUCCGAGGAGCCCGACAACGAGCUGCUCCAAUAUUUUCAGAUGGGAGACGCUGAGGAAAAACAACUGAAUUCCUUGGAUGCUGCCGAACAGAACCGGAAUCCACAAGAGCCAACGACGAUGGGCUCCGCGCCGGAGGCGAUGCCUGCUCCCGGACGCGGAGCCGCUGUCGUCGCCGCUGCAGCAGCGAUGCUGGCGCCGGUGCCAGCGCCUUCGCUGCUGCACGGACAGGCUGCCGUGGGUUCUGCCUCAGCGUCUCUGGCCCUAAUGUCAAAAAAGCAUCAACAGCAGCACCAGCAGCAGAACCUGCAGCAGCCACUGCAGCGUUCCAAGCAGCUGCCCAUUAUCAGCAACAACAAGAGAAAAAUCAGCUUGAGCAACGCCUCCAGCAAUGGCAGCAACAAGAACUGCAUUUUCCUGCCCAUCUCCCCGAAUACCAAUGGAUCAGUGGCGACGACGGCAGUCGCAGGAACGGCGAAUCCCAGCCAGAAUUGCUUCGCCAGUCCGGGCUUGACUAGGAUGAGGCAAAGACCAAACUUGUUGAGCAAGCAACAAUCCCUGGACUGCGACAACCGUGAUCCCAUGAUCGGCGCCCAUCGCAAGGGUCGCGGCUACGUGUUCAGCUAUCCCACAAGCACGUCUGCCUCCGCUCCGCCGAGUCCAUCGAUUCUCCAGCAAUGGGGCGGUGGAAACUGGUCGUUGGGAGGCGGGAAUACGUUUGCAGACAGCAGCCACAGUGCCGAUCCGCUGGUUAACCAGAACUCAAUGGAUCUGGAGACUAGUCUGGCGCUCACGGGAGCCAAUGAACUAGAUACUUCGGAGAUGCAGCGCUCACAAUCGGUGCCCUUGUCCCAACUGCAACGGAGGACCAGCCAACAGUCGCCUAGCUUAAAUUUUUACUCGGAGAACAGCAAUAGUCAGCAGUCUGCGCCGCUUAACGAUACAGGAUUGCUGUACGAGGAGGUGGGUGUUAGUUCGCUGCUCUCCCCCAAUUUCAACAGAAAGUUCGGUAGCAUGACGCAACAGACGGCCACGACGUGCAGCUCCUCGGCGGGCUCAUCUUCUGGCUACAGCAGCGGCGGCUCUGCCGGAAUAGUUUCGCGAUCGGUGCCCUCAACUCCGCUGCCCCACCAGCAGCAAACCGGCCUCACAUCCUUAAAUGGUGGAGCAGGAGCGACAGCCGGCGGAGGAGGAGUUCUGGGAAUAGGAAAUGGAAAUGGCAGUUGCGGAGCUGGAAAUGGAUUUUUCACCAUCUCGGACUCGUUCAACUGGGAAGGAUCUACGGGCAAUAGUACGGGUCAGUUGGGUUAUGGCGCACAUUCUUACAGUGCCCGCAAUCCACUGGACAUAUCAAAGUCCAUGCCAACGACACCGAUUGCCACACAGCGUUUCCGCUACAGUCCUGCCGAAGUGCACCGCGAUUUCCUGAUCAAUGGCAACACCAUCGAUAGUUUACCUUCGUCGGCCUUUGCAGCGGGCGCAGCGGGUGCUACGGAUCCUACUUUGGCUCUAAGCACGGACACCCUCAUCGAUGACAGUGCGCCAAGCAGUGCCGACGUGGUCGAAGCGAUGAUCGGUGUCACAGGCAUUCUCGACGACUUUUAGAAUUUGCAUGAAGAGAAAGCUCGGGAGGAGAUUAAAAUAUCAGAACGGCAAGAUGCGGAUGAGGUGGAGGAAGUCCAGUCUGCUGAAAAGGAGGAUGCCAAUGUGGUGGCCUGCCUGCUGCAGCAUGUGGACCAAUUGUAGAGCCUCUUUUUACAUACAUCCUUUCUGCCGUAUUGACGUCUCGUUAGUUUUGUUGUGUGUUAUCUGUUAAGUCCAUAGUCAUUGUUCCUGAUCUGAGUAUGUAGGACAUCAGUUGGGCACAACUUCUAAAUUUGUAUUGCCU